CAAAUUUAACUAACAUCCAACCGUCCAUCGGGCUAAUCAUUUUAUCCCAUUUUAUACAGUUAAUCACGAAGGCUGCAACAGGUUUACAUGCAUUUUCGCGGGUGUGUAAUGUCGUCAUAUUCGUGGGUUACGCCUAUUUUGGACCAAAUCUCUAGGAAAAUCUCCAUGAUCUCCGAUAUUUGGAAUGACAUGGGCUUAGAAGGAAAUAAUUUAAAAUUAAGGAUCGACUCUUUGUCUUCCUAUCUAUUUUCUAUGUUGGACGAAAUGUACAACGAAGAAAUUCUGGCGAAGCAAACCGUCAUCGACUCCAUUAGAAGGUUGAAGGUGAAAAUAAAGGAGCUAGAGUCGGAGCUAGGGAUGGCUAGUUAUGUUCCUGACUCAUCAUCACUGGUGAUGACCGAAAAACUCCUCUAUGACCAUUUCAAAUCACUUUCUGAAAGGUCAUCUGCGGUUCUGCAGAGAUAUAAUUCUCUUAAGCAAGAGGAAGAGAAGUUGUGUACACGUCUUGAAGAGAUCCAAGUCCCAGUAACUUUCACACACGUCCCGAACUCUGAACAGUUGGAAAUCCUGAAAGAGAAUAUUGAUCAUCUUACAAUAGAAAAGCGCUCACGCUCUCUUCGUUUAUCGAAAUUAAUUCAAGAAGUUAAGAAUUUACGAGCAGUCCUACAGCGAGAGACAUCUGAUGACGAAGAACUAAUAGCUCUCAUCACUGCCCCUAAUGCUAUGGAGAAUCUCCCGUUGUCAAACAGUUUCCUGAACCGUGUUGCCCGGCUGCGGAAUAGUUUAGCUCAGGAGUUGGUUCAGAUGGACAGUGAAUGUCAGGUGCUCAUAGAAGAGAUCGUAAAUUUGGAAGGACGCCUAAGUAUCAGCUCUACUGACGUCGUAAAUACAAAGCAACCUGUGUCUUCAAACUUUGUUCACUAUUUGAGAAAUGAACUUAAACGCCUCAAGGAACUACGUUUGAAAAAUUUGAGAACUAUCAUUUUAAAAUGUCAAACUGAAUUAGUUGAUUGGUGGGAAAAUUGCCUAGUUGGUGGAGAUGCCCGCGAUUCCCGAUUAACUUCUGCAAAUCAGGAGAUGAAUGAAUCUUUACUUACAUCUCUUGAGCUCGAAAUUGCCAAGUGGAAAGCGUUCUACUCAAGAAAUGAACCAUUUUUCAAGGCAGUAGAAUCAUGGCAGUGUGUUUUGUCUCGUCUUCGAAUGUCUGAGCAAAAAAUGAAAGACCCUUCAGUUUUGAAAAAUCGAGGUGGAAUACUUUUGGUUAUCGACAAAGAAAUAAAACAGUUGAGGCGUGAUCUCAGUCGUCAGUAUUCAGUUCUGCGAGAACUGUCCUGUAGUUAUCCUGAUGUAAAAGUUCAUGGCUUUUCUGUUCUUGACUACUUAGAUAAUGCUGAACAGCAGUAUAAUGUGUUAGGAAAAGAAAAUCAGGUUGCACAAAAUAUGAGCGGAAGAGACUUUUCUGUUUCCUACAUGAAAACUGGAAUUAGUGCCAAAAGAACGUUGAAUGCGAAUAAGUUACAACUACGAACUCCACCAAGUUCUAAAAAGCGUUGCAUAGGUCCUUCUAAUUCCACCGUAACAGAAUUCGGUAGCAAAUUUAACCUGAAUACUUGCCUGUCGCAAAAUUUGACAUGUUCUAGUAUGAUAUCAUUAACUGGAAGUGGUUCUGCGAAUACUUUAUCAACGGCUCACACACCGAUCACAAAAGUAAAAGUCUCAGUAAAAACCCCAGUUGCCUUUAAAGUGCCUUCUGUUUCAUCCAUUAGUUCAUCACAAAAAAAGACUAUCUUAAGCACACCUAAACCACGUCGAAGUGGAAGACUCAAUGGUAAGAAAAUGUGCUCAACUUCACGUGUUCCACAGCGAUCACCUCGUUCAGUUAACCACAGUGGAACAUCUGUCAGCAAUCAAAUAAAGCGAACUGCACGUUGGACAUAAAGUAUAUUUGAUGUACUCCUAUGUAUAAUAUCUCUUGUAUUAUAUCAUCAGUACUUUUAAUUUCCGUUUAUUUUGUGAUUAUUUGUCUAUGUAUGCCAGGCAUGAAAUAUUAUCCUUUUACUACUCG